CGGUCGAGUGUCACGCUCAAGAGAAAGAAAAAAAUCGAAAUAUUUAUUUUACUUUUAGUUUUUGGCAAAGUUUAAUUAGUAAUUAUGUUUUAAUAACCUACUUUACCUUUUUUGUUUGGUAAAACCCUUUGUCUACGGUUUUUUGUUUGUUUGUUAAGGUGUCAUUCCAAAGGAAAUCGUUACAUAUUUUCACGAUUUUGACAGGCAACUAAUCAAUGCCAUUCGCUAUCAUUCGUAAACAAACGACAGACUGAGAGGCCGAAACGGGAGUGUGGCAUAAACCCAUAGGAACAGCGAUGACUUUGUUAUGAUAAAGGCAGGAUGAUGAUGGAAUGAUGGUUUAAAGAGGCUGUGUUCUCUUUGGAGACUCUUGCGAAGGGAAUGUUACGGUGGACGGUGCACCUGGAAGGAGGGCCGCGGAGGGUGAAUCAUGCUGCUGUUGCCGUCGGGCACAAAGUGUACUCCUUUGGGGGCUACUGUUCAGGGGAGGACUAUGAAACCCUGCGCCAGAUCGACAUUCAUGUGUUUAACGCGGUAUCUCUUCGCUGGACGAAGUUGCCUCCGGUACGAACCUGUGGAAGGGAACAUGCCAGGGAAGUACCGUACAUGAGAUACGGACACACAGCAGUACUGGUGGACGAUACUAUUUACGUCUGGGGAGGGAGGAAUGACACUGAGGGUGCCUGCAAUGUGCUCUAUGCUUUUGAAGUCAACAAUCACAGAUGGUUCACUCCAAAAAUCACUGGGACAGUUCCGGGAGCAAGAGAUGGCCAUUCAGCUUGCGUCCUGGGAAAGUGCAUGUACAUCUUUGGAGGAUACGAGCAACUUGGAGACUGUUUUUCCAAUGAUAUCCAUAAGCUGGAUACUACAACAAUGGCAUGGUCAUUUAUCAAUGCCAGGGGUACACCAGCUCGCUGGAGGGAUUUCCACUCUGCCACAAUGAUCGGAAGUAAAAUGUUUGUGUUUGGCGGCAGGGCCGAUCGGUUCGGACCAUUCCACUCCAACAAUGAAAUAUACUGCAAUAAAAUUAAAGUGUUUGAUACGGAAACCAACUGCUGGUUAGAUUCUCCUGCCACUCCACUCCUUCCAGAGGGGAGGCGCAGUCAUUCAGCUUUUUCCUACAGUGGUGAAUUGUAUAUAUUUGGUGGAUACAAUGCACGACUUGACAGACACUUUAGUGAUCUCUGGCAAUUUAAUCCAGAGAGUUUCACCUGGAAGAAGAUAGAGCCCAAAGGGAAAGGUCCAUGUCCACGCAGGAGACAGUGCUGCUGUAUGGUUGGAGAAAAGAUUAUCCUUUUUGGAGGCACCAGUCCCAUCAGAGGGACAAGAGGUUGGCAGUCCAACAACUUCCACGAUUAUUGCAACCCGUGUCCAGAACAGGGAAUGGGAGAUGAAUUUAACCUCAUGGAUCAUUCUGACUUCUACAUCCUGGACUUCAGUCCCAGUCUGAAGACGUUAUGCAAACUAGCAGUCAUUCAGUAUAGCCUGGAUCAGUCUUGCCUCCCUCAUGACAUCAGGUGGGAGUUGACAGCUAUGACAACCAACAGUAACAUCAGCCGGCCAAUCUUCUCUUCUCACGGCUGAUCCUGCAACUCCUGUGCAACAAUACGCCAACCAGAAGAAACACAUGAGGACUUUUGUGGACUUUGGGGUGUAUUCAUGGCAAAAUUGCUGUUCAUGCUGAAUUUUUUUUUUUUUUUUUUUUUAAAGCAAGGUUUGAUUUCUAGCUUGUGUGUGUCUAUAUAUA